UCUGAUGGACAGACUACUUUCGUUUUCGCAGAUUGUAAAUAGCGAAAGUGUUAGGCAACUUACAGAUAGAUUUUGCUGUAAAGGCAAGCAGACACAGAGAUUUUAUGCUGUUCAGAGACCACAUUAAGGAUGGCAACUCAGCGAAUCAUCUCUGAGUCCGAGGACAGAGAUUUUGACGUAAAACUAGUCAAGCUUUCAGAUUUAAAGUCUUUUUUUACCUGCACAAUAUGUACCAAUUUGUUCAAUGGAACUUCAACAAUAAAAUGUGGACAUCGCUUCUGUGCGCACUGUAUUCAGAGUUGGUUCCAGAGACAACAGAAAUGUCCUGUUUGCAACCAACCAGUUCGAGUAGGUCAAGAAACAAGAGACCACCAGUUUGAUGAAUUGUUGAGAACAAUCAAAGAGAACGCGGUUAGUGAGGCCGAUGUUACAGCUAGACAACUCCUGGAGUCAGAUGGAAAAGGUACUUACAAUAAUGAUGGACCUAGCUUACAUGUGGACCACAAAUUAGCUGAAGUAUUGUGUACUUUGUUGCCUCAGAAGGACAGAGAUCUGAAAGAAAUGGUGGAUAAAUUGAUAGCAGAAAAGGAUAAAACCCUGCAAACACUAAAGGAAAAAGAAUUGCCAGAGAGGGACAAGACAAUACAACUUCUUCAAACCCAUGCCAAGAAACUGGAAGAAGAGGUCAAGCAGAUUAAAGCAUUACAGGAGAAGCUGGAGAAAUCACGACAAAGUGAGACGAAAUGUAACGAGGAAAAACAUCAAUUAAAAGGAGAAUUACAGAGACUAAAUGGAGAAUUAACUACUUUGAAGACAGUAGAUGUAACUCGUCAACAGCAAGUAAAGGAGCUCUAUGGACAAAUGCAAAAGCAGGUGGCUGAAAUACAAGCUCUGAACAUGUAUCUCGAUGAGAAAACAAAAGUGGCAGAAAAAGCAGACAGUCUGCAGACAACUGUAAAUCAAUUGGAGAAAGAUUUACAACAAAGAAUUAAUGAAGUUACAUAUCUUCAACAGUUUGUAAUGUUUAAGGAUCUUUAUGACCAGAGAAAUCAGGAGGCCCAUAGUUUAGAACAAGAUCUCAACAGGAAAGACACUACUAUCCUAGAACAGCAAGACCAAAUCAGCAGCUUGAAUGGCAAUAUGAAUCUCAUGUCGACUUCAAAUUUUUCUGUGCAUCUGCCUGUAAUUGAACUUGUGUAUAUUAAUAUGAUAUUGUUUAUUUACAUCAGAGCGGGGGUAUUACUAGUGAGCAUUGGCUCACAGAUUUCUUGUUUAAAAUGUCAUCUAUAUUCACUGGCAAUUUUACUCUGCACAGAUAAGAUCAUGGCCUUGUCAAAACGGAUUCAGGAGACACCCCUAUCCAUUCACCAGGCCGAAACUCGCUACCAAAAACAGCUACAAGAAAUGGAAGAAAAUAUGAGGGCCCUCUAUGAGGAGGAAAAUCAAGCCAAAAGAACCUUAUCCACCAGAAGACUUUCCAGUGUUGAGGACAGAGUGGGUCUGAUCUGUAAGAAUGUCCCUAUUGGCUUCAACAGUGGCCAGAAACUGAGACAGCAUUUCACCAAGUUUGGAGAAGUCACUCGUGUUAUACCCAAGCCAGACAAAGGAUUGGCAACCAUUCAUUUCAAAACUCAUGAAGCAGCUUUAGAGGCCAAGAGAAAGGGAGCAGUCAUUAUGAAGGGGGAGAAGACAAUGCAGAUAUUCUGGAGUUCAUUUUCUCCUGCAGCAAAGGGGCUAGGGCAAAAAUCCUCAACGGAGGACGGAGGUGUCACCCAAGGUCAUGUCAAAAGACAAGUUCAAGGUAAGCCUGGAGCUAGCCAAUUUAAGUUUGAGAGGAAUGAAGUAGAUGAAGAACUGGCCAGUAUGUCUGGUACCAACGAUAUCAUUGGUCAGAAACAACAGAUCCUGCCUCAUUCUGAGGAGGUCAGAGGUCAGCAGUCACAGUCUACUGAGCAAGUCACGAGACAUGCCAGUCCUGUUCAGAGUGGAACAAGUUCAUCUCCAGCAAUUUCCACCAAAAUAGAUAAAGGGGCUGUCAUCAGUCUGAAAAAUUCUUUUGACAGAAGCAACUCGGACAAGCUUCAGAUUCUUAAUUUACGUGACAAAGUGAAUCGUCUUGGACCUAAGAAGCAGUCAGACUUAGCUACAGCCCGGGCCUUUGUAGGGACAUGUACAGAUAUGUGUCCAGAGAAAGAGAGAUACGACAGAGAGGAGAAACGCAGACUUCACCCUUACGAGGUUUUACAGACCUCAAAAGGGUCUGGUAAUCCAUUGGUGAACCAUGCAUUGGCUGUGAAGGAGUACAGGAAAUCCUCAGCUGAUCAGGAGGAACCGUUGCCAUAUGAAUUGAGGACACUUCCCACACUGACCUUGACAAUGUCCUACUUACUGAGUGAGAUAGUUGACCGGGGUGAGGACGGCAAAUGGGGGGAUUGGUUUUAUUUCCUUUGGAACAGGACCAAAGGAAUUCGUAAGGAGAUCACUCAGCAGCAGUUCUGUAAUGUGGAGAGUGUGGAACUGUUGGAGAAGUGUGUCCGUUUCCACAUCUUCUGUGCGGAACGUCUCUGUGAGGAAGACAUGCAUUCAUUUGAUGACAAGGUUAACAAUGAGAACAUGGCCAAGUGUCUGCAGACUCUGAAGGAGAACUACUCCGAUCUGGAGAAGAAACAGGUGUUCUGUGUCAAUGAGCCAGAGAUGAGAUGUUACAUGGUGCUGAUGAACCUCAAUGAGGGCGAUAUUCUCAGAGAGCUUAAUACCUACGGAAAUCUUCACGGAUAUAGGUUGAUGAUUUAUAAGUGUCAGGAGAAUGGUUUAAGAGUUCGUGAGGAGGAUGUACGACUGAUACUGAAUGCUUUAGACCCUGAUGGUAGCGAAUUUAGGUAG